AUGAUCCAACCAUAUGGAAUCCUUGCGCUCGCCGUCUUUCUGAUUUGGUACAAUCGUUUGAGCGCGGUGUCAGGCGGAACUAUAAACUUGAAAUUUGAAGGUCUUUAUCCAGAAAAUGGAGCCAGUCUUCCAAGUACUGGGAUGAUGUACUACAGUGCGGUUUAUAAAGCAACUGUGGUGAAAUAUGAUCCAAAAAGGCAAAAUUUCAAAGAAAUCACUAUUCCUUCUGUUACUGGUCAGCCCAACACCCACGUCUCGGGUAUUGAAGCCGACAGAUCAAGUCCUUUAAUUUGGGCUAUUGUGAAUGCUGCUUCCGCUUUUGAUACAAAUGGAGCUCAAAUUUCAGGUCCAGCUGGACUUGUUGGGAUCGACACAAACGAUAAAAUUGUUUUCAAUGUCGAUUUGAACCCUGCUCUUCAAGAGGUCCAGCGUGUGAACGGUGGUAUAGAAGCAGGUGGGGCACAAGAUGCGACAACUGAUCACGAGGGAAAUGUAUACAUAAGCAUUAGUUUUGGUCAAACCAUCCUGAAAUUUGAUCCAAAGACUCAAAAAACUUCAAUUUUUUACAUGAAAAUGCAACCCAAACCAAAGACCAUGGGCAUAACUGGUAUUGAAUUAGUCAACUCCAAUACUUUAAUUGUUUGGAAUAAUGAAAAUGGAAAAUUAGAAUCUUUUGAUAUUCAUUCACCUAAAGUUGAGCCUUUCAUCCCAAAAGGUGAUUAUUUACCCAAAACAACGAUCGCAGACGGAGUGUUUAUUCCUAGCUUUAGUAAAGGGACUUGUUUACUUCUUAAUAAUUGUGCACUAAACCAAGUAGAAGUCUUAAAAUCACAUGACAAUUGGAAAACCGUCACUCAUGCAGGCUCGAUCCCCACUAAGAAAUUCAGUGGAAUUUCAGUUUUCACGUAUGAGAUUGACUCACGAAUAUAUUUUGGUACAGCAUACUUCACCGAUCCCAAACCUCGUAAUCGGAAUCUCUUCCCUCAAGGUGAUAUAACUCAUGCAGUUACAAAAGCCUGCACUUAG